ACUGGUGAAAGGAGACCAGAAGGUAAUCGAAAGAAAGCAGGAUGCGGAGGAGAGGAAGGAAUUAGAGAGACAGAGAGGGAGUGAGAGAGGGAGAGAAAAUAGCUGGCCCAUCUUUGAAUGCGGCUUGCCUAAAAUUAGCGUAGAGCAGGGGAAGAGCGGACAGGCCAUCCAGAGAGGGAAGACAGAGAGGGAGCAGAGCAGAAUAACUACGCUAUGUGAAACGAGCCUGGGUCGCCUCUGUCAUCCGAAACACGGUGACUGUUUCACCGACGUAGCGAGCAGCAUCAUAUCGCCGCCUGCGCAUCAUCCGCCACUCCGCAUCGCUGCUGCCCGGGGAGAAGACCAUCUGCAUUUCAGCAAGGCACAGCUGCCUGUGGGAUACGGUGAACAGGUUUUCAUCCGAUCUGUCCCUGAUCUGUUUGUGAUCCUGUUGGGAUCCAACUGGAUCUAGAUGAUGGAGCGCUUGCUUUGUCUGCUGCUGCUCAGCUCAAUGGCCCUGAAGGAAGCUGUCGGUGGAGACGUUUGUGUAUCGGGCCAUGACAGCGGGCCAGUGUUUGAAGAACAGCCAAGCAGUAUAAUUUACCCAGAGGGUCUGAGUGAAGGCAAGGUGACCCUCAGUUGUCAGGCCAGAGCCAGUCCAGCUGCUUCUUAUAGGUGGCUUGUGAAUGGCACAGAUGUCCCGCUGGGUUUGGAUGUGCGCUACACGUUGGUAGCUGGGAACCUGGUGAUCAGCAGCCCUGAGUCUAUUCGAGACACAGGCUCCUAUCAGUGUUUGGCCAUUAACCGCUGUGGCACCGUCAUCAGCCGAGCAGCUAACCUCAAAUUUGGCUACCUCAAUGACUUCCCUCCAGACAACAGGAGUCCUCAGACUGCAUAUGAAGGCAAAGGAACUUUCUUGGCCUGCCAGCCCCCUCCACAUUACCCAGCUCUUUCCUACCGUUGGUUUAUUAAUGAAUUUCCCAACUUCAUCAAGAAGCACGAUGGACGCUGGUUUGUGUCGCAAGUGACAGGGAAUUUGUACGUGGCUAAAGUAGAGCCAAACGACACCGGGAACUACUUCUGCUUCACCACCAUCAACAUGGACAUCAGCACCAAGAGCACCUUCAGCAAGGCCAACCAGCUCACUGUACUGCCUGAUGUCAAUCUCAGGAAGUCAGCUCCAAACAUCAAAGUGCGCUUCCCAGCAGAGACCUACGCCCUCGCAGGACAGACUGCUCAGUUAGAGUGCUUCGCCUAUGGAAAUCCAGUCCCAAAAGUGCGAUGGAGGAAGGUGGAUGGUUUGAUGCCUUCAAAGGCAGGCUCCAGUGCUGCAGGUCCCACCCUCAUCCUUCCAGAGCUUUCCUUCGAUGAUGAGGGCGUUUACGAGUGUGAAGCCUACAACUCACAGGGAAGCGACAAGCACCAGGGACGCAUCAAUGUGCAAGCUCAGCCAGACUGGUUGCAGGUGAUGAGCGACUCAGAGGUGGAGAUCAGCUCAGAGCUGCACUGGAGUUGUGUGGCUGCUGGUAAACCUCGACCAUCUAUACGCUGGCUACGCAAUGGACAGUCACUGAGCACACAGGAUCGGGUAGAAGUGAAUGGGGCUCGUCUCAAGAUCAGUAACCUGGCCCUGGAGGAUUCUGGGAUGUACCAGUGUGUGGCUGAGAACAAACAUGGCACUAUCUACUCCAGCGCUGAGCUCAGAGUCCAAGUUCAGGCUCCAGACUUCAGGUUGAAUCCAGUUAGGAAACUGAUCCCAGCAGCCAGAGGAGGGCAGGUCAUGAUUGAGUGUCGCCCUCGAGCUGCCCCGAAGCCCAGCCUGUUCUGGAGCCGUGGGACAGAGCUGCUCACCAACAGCAGCAGAGUGACAGUAACUCCAGAUGGAAUCUUGUGGAUCCACAAUAUCAGCAGGGCAGACGAAGGAAAAUAUACCUGCUUUGCUGAGAACUAUCUGGGCAAAGCCAACAGCACUGGACACCUGUCUGUUAGAGAUGCCACUAAGAUCACACUGGCUCCAUCCAACGCUGACAUCAAUCAAGGGGAGAAUGUGACACUCCAGUGUCAUGCCUCCCACGACCCCACCAUGGACCUGACCUUCACAUGGGCCCUUAACGGGGUCCUGCUGGACCUGGAGGAUUCUGCUGGGCCGUACCACCGGGUGGAGGGGAAAGAAAACAUUGGUGACCUGUUGAUUGUGAAUGCUCAGCUCAGUCAAGCAGGGAUGUACACCUGCACAGCUCAGACUGUGGUGGACAGUGCCUCAGCAGCAGCUAAACUAGUGGUUCGAGGUCCCCCAGGACCUCCUGGUGGUUUACUGGUGAAGAAUGUUGCUGAGACGUCAGUGGAGCUCAGGUGGAGUCGUGGCUACGAUAACCACAGUCCCAUUGGCAAAUAUGUCAUCAUGGGCCGAUCACCGCUUUCCUCAGAGUGGAAGAAGAUGAGGACAGACCCGGUUAACAUUGAGGGGAAUGCGGAGUCGGCCCGUGUGAUUGGUCUCACGCCCUGGAUGGAUUAUGAAUUCCAGGUCAUCGCCAGCAACAUACUAGGCAGUGGGGAACCAAGCAUGCCGUCACACACAGUCCGCACACAGCAAGCAGCUCCCACAGUGGCCCCCAGUGGACUUGGAGGGGGAGGAGGAGACCGCAGUGAACUCAUUGUUACCUGGACGCCCAUGGCCAGAGAAUACCAGAAUGGUGAUGGAUUUGGCUACAUCCUGGCAUUCAGGAAGAAAGACACAUCAUCGUGGACAAUAGUGCGUAUUCCUCAUGUGGAGUCAUCCCGAUAUGUUUACUACAAUGAUAGCCUGAUGCCGUACACUCCCUUUGAGGUGAAGAUUAAAGCUUAUAACCGCAAAGGAGAAGGUCCUUUCAGCCAGAUAGCUGUGGUCCACUCUGCAGAGGAAGAGCCCACAGUUGGACCAUCGAGCAUUAAUGCCACAGCACUGACCGCCUUUGAGAUCCAGGUUUCAUGGGAGCCCGUCCAGCAGCUCAGCGCCAAUGGCGUCCUUAGAGGAUAUGAGAUCCGCUACUGGCGGCAGCAUGAAAGGGAAGCAGCAGCAGACAGAGUGCGGACGGCAGGACUGGAAACAACAGCCAGAGUGUCUGGACUUCGACCCAGCACUCGAUACAAUGUUGCUGUUCUGGCGUACAACAGUGCUGGCACUGGGCCACCCUCGCCACGCGCCACCGUCACCACCAGGAAACCACCUCCUAAUCGUCGUCCGGGAAACGUAUCAUGGAAGACUGAUGGCUCAUGGGUAAUGGUGAGAUGGGACCAUGUGAAGGCCAUGCACAAUGAGUCAACUGUUCUGGGCUACAAAGUUCUGUACAAACAUGAGGGCCAGACAGCACUGAAGGUUCUGGACAAGACAAAGACGUCAGUGAGUCUGCCAUUGCCAAAAGACAAUGGUUACGUUGUAUUGGAGAUUCGGUCCUGGGGAGAGGGCGGGGACGGGCCAGCACACGAGAUUAUAGUGUCCCGGGACACAGGGACUGGUAUGAUGGUGCAGAACGAUUCCUCCUCUACACUGAGCAGUCACCCUCUUCACUUCCUCCCUGUCUCGCUUCUGUUCGCUCUUGUGUCGUUUCCAGGCCUGUGAUCUCAGCCAGUCCGUGGACUUUUUACUUUAAACGGCUUGAAACUAAAGCUCUGCUGUGUCUCAGCCUUUGUUUUGGGUUAGGGUGGGAAUGUUGUAGCACUGCAGGGAUUGGAAGUUUGGGGGAAGAGGAAGGGGUUUCAGUUUUCUUUGUUUCUUUUCUUUUUUUUAUAAAUAACCCCAAGGUGCUGGUGAGGAGGGCAGCCCUGUCCGGUUGUGUAUUCGUGUACUGGUGUAAGUAAAACCAUGCCUUAUGGGGACUAUCACAUCUGUGGCUGACGCGUUGCAUACUUGCGUCUUUCAAACUGUAGCUGGUGAGACCUGCAGACUUCAGGUGUAAAUUACUCAUAGGAUCAGCAGUGUGUACAUACGUGUGGUGAAUGUCUGCCUGUUCACACUGAGAGCAACAUGACUGAUAAAUCCCUGUACUUUGACUAGUUGUGAGUGGUGUGAGAGUAAUAAAGAUCAGAUCUAGAAGAUUAAGAACAGCUCCGUAUGUAUUGUUCAUUGUUCAUUUGUUUGCUCUCAUAAUUGUGUGGUCAGUGGUCCCAAACAUCCUGAGAAGUUUGUAAUUUUAUAGCAAAGCCCUUUGAAAUGACAAAAAUGAUCACAUUAUCCUGGAGAAAAAUUACUUGUCUCGGAAGAUUAAGAUUAAGCAUUAAAAUUAAGAAUAAGCUAUUCACUUAAUUGAUUUCUGUACUUGUAUUCUGAGACUACAUUGCAUAGUUUCAAACCCAAAACAAGUGCAAAGUUUGAUCUCCAACUUCUCUUUUACGUUAAGCAGCUGGGAAUAGAACACAGCAUUCAUGUUUCUUUUGUCUGCAAACACAUUUUGAACAUCUACCCGACUGAAUGUGUUAUGACAUGUUGCUAACAGUGUGAACACACACUAAGAGUCACUCAAUGAGGCGCCGAAGAACUUUUUAGUGUUCGAUUUUAGCUCCUGCUGAUGUUUGUAUGCUUGUUUGUGUUUUUUGUCUCUGCUGUAAUUAUAGCAAACUACAGAAAUAUGUCACUGGUCCAAUUGAAUGUUUACAUUUUUUACAAGUAAAAUUGUUUUUAUAUAUUGGUUGUGCCUGCAUUGUCUGAGUAGUUCUUGCAACAAUGUAAAAAAACAACUUGCGUUUAUGUGUCUGUUGGGUUUAUUGCAGGUGCUUUAUGCUAGGUUGAUAUGAAAGUCCUGUGGCAGCACAGAUGAAUCACUGCUAGAGAUGAAAGAGCUGAACUCCAAAGUUAUCAGAGUACAGUGAACUGUGUCAUAUAUCGUCCUCAUUGUAAUCCUGUCAGCACCUAUCAGCUCUUACCUAACAUGUCUGGCUUGUUCCAUUAGCUGGAAGGAACUGCCUUCAUUACGCCAGAGCUACUCUGUCAAGGUCAGGUCCUGUCAUAAACAGACAUGAGUUUGUGUCUUUUGUUGCCUUAAUCUUUUGGUUGAUUUGCUUAGAACUAUUUGCUCUUUCAUACUCAAAAGGCUAAGGCGUAACUGAUGCUUUGGUAUAGACUGUGAUCCCAGAGUCAGAAAAAGUCUACUUUAAAUUCAGUAUCCCGGGCUGUCAUGUUUAGUUGCGAUUACCUCAGUCUAUCUCAAAUCAUGACAGAGUACAGUGUGAAAGUUUAUUCUUGAUCCUGGAAACAGUUGUUUUAAAUUUAAUGGAGUUGUAGUGAAGAUUAGAGUUUGACUGAUAUGUUUUUUUCUUGGGCAAUACUGAUUCUAAUAAAAAAUCUUAGAAUAACCACUGAUGGAAUGUAACUUAGUACAUUUAUUUGAAGCCCAAUAAUUAAUUGGCAAUCAGAGAGAAAAAAAAACAACACUGUAUCUGUUUGUAUCUAAUACUGCUAGAUCGGUUGUCAUCAUGUGACCUCGAAAUGUGUUACAUGACAACUGAGCAAACGUGCACUGAGGAAAACUGAGGCAUGUGGGUGAAAGCUCUGGAAAAAGCUGGUGGGUUGAGCUUAAGUAAUGUUUUUUGUCAGUUUUCUUUUAGUUGUUUUAUGUGGCUGUUGUGGAAAUAGAAAAAGUUGACAUCAGCGCUCUGCUUGUGAAGUGGCAGGAGUAAAACACAGCCUUCAGUGGGGUUAAUAAAUGUAAAACAGGGGGGCAAAUAUUAUCAAAUCAUCCUCAAUUGAAGUUACAAUCGACAGUUAGAGCUAGACGGUAAAUUGACUCGGCCAGUGUAUCAGGUGAUGCCAGCUUAUAGCUGAUACAGCGUUAAUUGGCAGAUUGGCACAGUUCUUUUGCAAUUCACAAUUCUUUAACUCUUUGUUUUGGGUUUAAUCAACACUAUCACCAGAAUAAAUGUUGGCAUUGUACCUUUCUGCAAACCAUGGAUAUAUUAAGCUUGUACUUUUCACACUACACUUGUUGUAUACCUUCCAUAUCAUCAUUUCUACAGUAUGUAUCGCAUGGAAUAUGAUGAAACAUUAUGUGUCUUUCAGUUUUUGUUGUGACAAUGCUGUGUUAUGGUUGGCUUUGGUUUAUUCAUGAAAACCACUUUGUCAGAGUUCAGAAAAGAUUUGUUUUGUCUUAAGAAACCUGGUUUUAUUGACAUAAAGAUGGCUGCCAAAAUGUCUGUCUGGCCUAGAUAUCACGCCACCCCAUCCCUUCCUCUUCCUGUCAUAUGACACAUAUUGUAGAAAUGGUGAUAUGAUGAAGCGUAUAAAUUUGACAUAUUCCUCUUUUACAGAAAUGUAUAAGGCAAGAUUUCAUUCUGGUCACAGGAGUGAGUUUAAAACUCUCUUGUCAAAAUUAUUUAUUUAAACUAUUAAAUACCAGUAGUGGCCUCACACAUUCUGUAUAAGUUGGGCAGUAAUUUGUAUUGUUUGUCCCACACCGUGCCUCUAUUGGUCUCUGGGCUAACACCUGUCACUUGUCUGAUGCUGCAACCUGCACUGCAUAUUCUCUAUGGGCCUUUUUCAAAUGCUGUCAGUGUGACUUCCUGCUCUGUGGCCAUUAGCCUCAUUAAACCAGUAUCGGCUUACUGCUCACCCAUGCACAGUACCGACAGGUGGCCAGGUGGCAGCCAUGUUUUUCAGUUCACCUGCUUCCUAGAUUAGUCCAAAGCCAAAGCAGGUUUGAUCCUUUAGAUAGAGGUUUGAAUUCUGCUUUGCUGGGAAGUGUUUUUUUU